AUGGCAGAUUUUUCCCUUCCCGUUCCACCAAAGGAUGAUUUUCGUCUUAUGAUAUCAAAAGAUUUUCCUAUUUCUGACUCUUUAGGUUCAUCCACCGAUCUAUCUAACUCCAUAAGUUUUGGAUUUAAAGAAGUGAUGUCUGAACCUUUAACUCUUAGCACGAAUAAUACUUUUUCUGGCGCAAAGCCAACAAGUAAAAUUUCUCCUGCUCAACCUUCUGUCAAUAUAGAUCCAACAUGUUUAGAUACUAACGCCUCUGGUGUGGAAAAUGAACCUAAAAGAAUUUCACAUUCUGAUAAAUCUACGAAACAUUCUUCUUGGUGGUCAAGUUUGGGCAAGCUUAAAACUAAAAAACAAUCCUAUAGUGAUACUCGAAUAAAGCCGACGGCUGAUGUCAACUCUAAUCCUGCUUCUAAUCCAACUUUUUCUGCAUCAUCUUCUCCUACAUCAUUGAUAAAUGACGGAAAUCAUAAUGUUCAAAACCUUUCAAAGGCUAAAAAAUUGAACAUCAAAAGCAAGCUUCAGAAAUUCGGUCAUAAGAAAACAAAGGUAAAUGAAAGUAGCAACAUAACUGCAGAGGAAUAUUUAACUCAAACUACUGGACUUUCAACAAUGUCAACUGGAAAACCAGAAAACGACAAGAAUAACAAUAAAUUAUUCGUUGAAAGGUUGGACCAUAGUCAUUCUUUUACCUCUGAUCCUCGUCCUCCUAAAUCACAUCUUGGGCAAAUAGAGAAGCCGGCUUCUCUAACGAAUCCUCCAAAA